AUGCUCGCUAUCGCAACAGCUUCUCUUCUUUUGGCCUCCACUGCCUUUGCGCAGUCGACGACGACUUUUCCUGACGGUGUUGUCGCCACCGGCACUAUGGGUGUCACUAACCCUCCUGAACCUACCACCGGCACCGCUAUCAACCAAACUUCCUUCUCCAGGUUAUUGAGUAUCAACUCUGUCGAUGACUGGUGUAUUUUCGCUCCUCCCGAGAGCCAGGACAUUGCCGACUCAGAAACUAUUGAGGUCGCUUGGUGUACUCAACAAAGAAACGAUGCCAGGGUUAUUCCUGAUGGAACAAUUUCAGGUGUCAGUUUGUUGAAGACUGAUAUGUACGUCCAGAUCAUGGGCUACGGUGACCUCACCAAAAUCAACAUUCCCUCUGGUGACUGGGGAGGUGAACUCGACCCUCACGGUGCCUACGGCUCUGGUAAUCCCAUCGGCGGAAAUGUCACCACUAACAUGACCAUCGACGGUGAAACCAUUAACGUUGCCGAAUGGAUGCUUUACGUCUCCUACGAGCAAUUCUGUUUCCGUGCUUGCACUUGGGCCAAUUCAACGUACAGCGCCGCUGCCAUGUGCUGGCACGAGCUUGAUGAGAUGGGUUGUGAAUUUGUCAUGCCCGGUAAUUACAACUUCAACGGUACUUUCGAGACUUGUGAAGCCGAUGUUGCAUACCCUCCUGGAUGGUAUGUUGAGGGCUCUUCCGAUGGGACCACCUCGUUCUCCUCCUUCGCUCAGUACUGGACCGGUGUCGUUGAUGGAGUCACAUAUACUCAGGGUGAUCUCGUCACUCCCUCCACUGUUCAGUCCACUCCCUCGUCGUCCAACUGCCAGACCGUUGCCACUAUCUCCAACGGAAUUGAUCUGGCAUCCCUUGGUGUCACGGGUGCUGCAACUGCGACUGGUAGCGGCGCGACUGCGACUGCCACCGGAAGCGCUGCCACUGCUACUGGUACUGCUGGUGCUGCCUCUGGUUCAUCUUCGGGCUCGACAACCGCUGCAGCCUCUUCGUCGAGCAACGCUGCUGCUUCAGGCGCUCGUGUCUUCCAAGCUGGUAUGUCAGAGGGUCUCACCGUAUUGUCGAUGAUCUCCGCCAUUGCCGCGAUCGCUGCCUUCCAUUAA